AUGGAAAUAGAAGAGAACGGUAAGCUCCCCUUCUUGGACGUUCUUGUCACAAAGAAGGCGGACAACACAUUGGGCCACCAGGUAUAUAGGAAGCCGACACACACGAACAGAUACAUGCGGAGUCACCACCACUCGGCUCAAAAACAAUCGGCAAUACACUCACUCGUACACCGAGCUCUGAGCAUCUCUGACCAAGAACAUCUGCAAACGGAACUUAACCGUUUGAAAGAAACUUUACAGCGGAACGGAUACAAUAAGGAAGAGGUGAACAGGACAAUCAACAAACAAAGGAGUGGGAUAAAAAGAACAGACAGACAAGAAUCACAGGAAGAGAAAAAAUGGCUCUCGUUCCUCCCAUACGUAAAAGGAACAACAGAUCGAAUCGGUAAGAUCUUGAACAAACACAACAUCCGGACUAUCUUCAAGCCUCCAAGGAAGAUCGAACAAAUAUUGAGAAAUCCCAAGGAUCAGAGACCUCCACUUAGUUCGGCAGGAGUGUACAAAAUACCCUGUUCAUGCGGGAAGGUGUAUAUUGGCGAAACCGAAAGAACGGUCAACACACGAAUGAAGGAGCAUGAACGGGACGUCAGGCUGAAACACGUCACACAAUCAGCCCUGGCAGAACACAACUUGGAGACAGGACACCGAAUACUAUUCGACAAAACGACAACCUUAGCCACGACAACAUCGUAUUUCCCGAGGAAACAUAGAGAGACCCUGGAAAUACAGAAACAUCCAGACAACUUAAACAGAGACUCAGGUUAUACUCAAGCUACGGUAGCGGUCUUCGUCGACAUUAAGUCGGCUUUCGACAAUGUUCUACCUCAUAUUCUCCUACAAGAUCUUCGAGAUUUAGACUUCCCUCCGCUUCUACUAUCUUUCAUUUCCAACCUCAUCUCUCUUCGUACGGUUCAGUUCAUUAGCCAGGGUACUAUCUCUGAGCCCAGAACCUCGUUUAAAGGCACUCCACAAGGCUCUGUUCUUAGCCCUACGCUCUUCAACCUCUACUUAAGAGGUGUAAAUGAUGCGCUUCAUCCGGACACUGAACUCCUUCAGUUUGCCGACGAUAUAGUUAUUUUCUCUUCAUCAGAAGAUACCAUGUCGGCAUUACUAUCUGUGGAACUUUCCCUUCGGGGACUGGAAGUCUUUCUACAGGAGCGCGGCCUCGAGAUCUCACGGCCUAAAACGCGGCUAAUGAUCUUCUCUAAUAAGAGAUCUACUAUGCAUAUGAACUGCUCUAUCUCUUUCCAGAAUCAGCCCAUUUUACCCUCUCCUACUGUUCGCUUCCUCGGCGUGCUACUGGACCCUAGGCUGUCUGGCCAGGCUCAUAUGUCUUUCAUCAUCGAUAAAGGCAGACGCACACUCCAGAUAAUUCAAGCUCUUAGAGGGAAACUUAAUAUAGCUAAAACUAAAAAACGAUGGCGAUAUCUUCGAGAUCGUUUCAUGAAGGCCAAAAAAAGGAACAUGCUUAUAUUCCUAGUGGAUCUGCUACCGAAACAGUAA